AUGUCACGCCGGAAGCAGAAGCGUCCCCAGCAUCUCGUUAACGCCGAUCCGGGGGGCCCAAAACUACUAUCGCACGAUGACCACCUGGGCAUGAAGUCACCGUCCACAUCUCUUGGCUCAGAGGUAACGUCGUCAGGAUCCUCCUCCUCAUCCCCCAGCUCUCUGCAGGACUGCCAGCCGCCUCUGGCCCCUCGCCCAUCCCCUGGGGGGCUCCACGCGCCAUCCUUACCCAGCGAGAGCUCGCCUCCUCCCCACUGGCCCAACCACAUCGCGCCCUUCACCACAUCCCUCCCCAACACCCACUCCUCUCUCUCCCCAGACUUUCCUCACCCCUCGUUGUCCUCCCAAACUCAUUCACCCCCACCUCUAGGCCAGACCUCAGGCUCCCACACACUGUCCCACCCAGGAAACUCCCACUCCACCAUGACCUCCCCACCGAUGGGCAGCUCGGCCACCACCACUACCUCCUCUUCCUCCUCUUCGUCAUCGUCUUCUCAGUGUGUACCAUCUCACCGUGACAGCUCCAGUCCGGGUCGACAGCAGACCUCCAGCUCUCCGGGGCAGCAGGACCAGAUCCAGGUGCCCCCAACUCUGGCUGUUCUGCUGGAGGAGCUGAGGGUCUUACAGCAGAGACAAAUCCACCAGAUGCAGAUUACAGAGGAGAUCUGUAGACAUGUUUUAAGGCUCGGAGGGGCUGUUUUUGGGCAAGAUAACAAUACGCAAACCAGUGGUACAGACAGCAGCCAGAAAUCUACUGGAGCGUCAUCUUCAUCACCGACUCACCCUUCCACUGCCACUCCCAUAACUACAGCCUCAUCACUGCUAACUGGCCUUCCAUCUUCCCUCUUCCCACAACCACCUGUCUCCAAGUCAGGCUCUCCACAUGUCAAUGGCAGCAGAGUUCCAUCCUCCUCUGCAUCCUCCUCAUUAUCUUCCUCUUCCUCCUCAUCCACCAUCAGCUCCUCUGUUGCCUCCCUACACCCACUGUCCUUGUCUUUGGGCCUACCUCCACGCUACCUCCAUGAGAAAUCAUCCAACACCUCCACUUUCAGUCACAGCAAUGGCAUCAGUUUCCCCACUCCCCCUGUUCCAACCACGAGCCAUUCCCAGGAGCUCCAGCCCAGCUCCUCCCUGGGUUCCGCCUCCUCAUCAGGACGUCCUCAGCACGUCUGCCGCUUCUGUGGGAAGGUGUUAAGCAGCGAUUCAUCACUUCAGAUCCACCUGAGGUCGCACACAGGUGAAAGGCCCUACCAGUGCCCAGUCUGUCUGAGUCGUUUUACAACCAGAGGGAACCUCAAAGCUCAUUUUCUGAGACACAGAGAGCAGAACCCGGAGCUGUCCCUCUCCCUGUUGCCACCAGCGCUAUCAGAGCAGUCGCAGAGUGGUUCUGGUCCUGGUACCAUCCAGAGAAGGAGAAAACGGAGAGCUGAUGAUGACGAGUCAUACAAUGGCGUGAAAGGGAGUAUUGCUGGGAUGACAGAUAACAUGGCUUUAGGAUUCCUGUCCAGUGCGUCUGCCCGUCCAUCACCCUCAUCUCUACCUCUGCCUCCUUCAGUGGACAUGGCACUGUUGUCCACAGCACAUUCACUGCUACAGCUAAACAGAGCCUCAGCUGUCGCCAGCGCAUCCAGCACUGCCUUGGCAUCCUCUUCUUCAUCCUCCUCCUCCUCCUCCUCUGUGGGCAGCCAGUUAAAAGGAGCAAAACAGCAGCGGUUUGAUGAAAAUACACCCCCCCACUCUGCUCUUCAUUCAGCUUCCCCGUACUCCCAACUGGCCCACCUGCCCAAAAUUCUCUUUCCUGGAGGUACAUCCCCUCACCACCUGGCUCUUCUCCGACCCACAGGACACCCCUCCACCUCCCACCUCACCUCUCCUCACCAGCUGCCCUUCCCCUUUCCACCUUUUCCCAAACCAUCCACCUCCUCCCCCUCCUCAUCUUCUCCCACCACAUCGACCCAGACCUCAGACACCUCCAAAUUGCAACGGCUGGUACAGAAACUUGAAAAGCAGCCACAGGGAAGCAACUCCUCCUCCUCUGCUGCCUCUUCUCCCUCCACCUCCUCUCAAACCCCCACUGAAGCCAAUGGUGACACCCACGGCCAUGACCUGAGCACCACCUCCAGUGCCUAUCGCAGGGAAAUGUUGGCUGCACUUGGCUUAAGCCCCAGUGUGAACACUGCAGGACUAGCAACCAGCCAUGGAGCCUCAGGUUCGAGCACCACCACCACUACACCUUCUCUUCCUGCCACACCUGCUGCUAAUCAGUGUGGAGUCUGCCUUCGUGUCCUCAGCUGCCCUAGAGCUCUGCGUUUGCAUCAGGCCACACAUUUAGGAGAGCGUCCAUUCCCAUGUAAAUUGUGUGGUCGCUCCUUCUCCACAAAGGGAAGCCUUAGGGCCCAUCUGGCUACUCACCGAGCAAGACCACCAAAUGCUCGUGCUUUGAACUCCUGCCCCCUAUGUCCUCGCAAGUUCACUAAUGCCUUGGUUCUUCAGCACCACAUCCGUUUACACCUGGGAGGGCAGAUCCCACCUGAUGAAGACUUGCCUCUUGAAGAUGGUGCAGAAACCGAAAAUGCUGGGCUAGAUGAAUGUGAGAAUGAGUCUGCUGGAUCUCCCUCUAAAGGUCUACAAGUCCUUCCUUUGGCCUUAACAACAGGUUCGAGGUCUCCGAGUAGUGCUCUCGACUCAGGGUCCACUUCUAAACAAACCACAGCUGCUGAUGCUACUUCUGUGAAGACAGAAGAAUCUGAGGGUUCAGCUCCAAGUGUUAGCCCACCCCUGACCCGUAACCCUCCUGAACGAACAGAGGAUGGCCUACCUGAUGGUAGCCCCAUGAACAGUUCGCCAUACUCUGAGGAGGAGGCCCAUGGUACACCUUUAGCUAGUUCGAAUGCAGCUGCUUUAAAUGGAGAUGCAGAAGCAGAUGACGUUCCUCUUUCCCUGUGUGUUUCAAAGCCUGGGGUUGAAAAUGAUAAGCUGCACAGAGGGGUUAGUAAUGAGAAAACCUCCACAGAAGAGACCACCACUAGUCUAGAUUCUAACCCAAAAGCCACACCAUCAAAACCCUCACCAUCACUCACGCCUCCUGAUAGCCCCAAAGCCAUUCCUGAAACUAAAGAGGCCUGUGGUGAUGACCCACAGGAGCCACAGAAAGAUGCUGCCCAAAAUAACAGGAAAAGUGAGGCCAGUGUAACAGCAGUGGAUAAAAAAGCAGAAGACAAACCUACAGAGGAGGGUCAUGGUGUCACUGAAAAGCCUUUGGAAGACCAUGAGCCGGCGGUCCCAGCACCAGUAUCAAAUACCCAACCUCCUCGCCUGGACAAACCCUAUAGCUGCUCCCAGUGUGGAAAGGCCUACGCCAGCCGAAGUGGCUUAAAGGGGCAUAUGAAAACUCACCCUGGAGUGUCAGCAAACACCCCCUCCAAGGUUCAGACCAAUGACACUGCAGACAGCAAUAACAACCCCGGACAACAGGAUGAAAAGCAGGGAUUGGCUAAAUCUCCUGAGAAAGGUGACAGUAUCAACCCUGUACCAGUUAGCGUUGACUCUAAGGGAUCAGAAGAGCCUAUGGACACAACUGUGUAG